AUGAACACCACGGGACUCUCAAAUUGCAACAUAGAUAUUCAUGGAACACUAUUGACUUCAGCAUGGUGGCUCGGCGGCGAUAACAUCAACGUGAACGGAUGCGGAUACGGUACUUUGGAUGGUAAUGUGCAAGCUUGGUAUGAUUUUGUCAAGGGAAUUUCAAACUAUCCAAACAGACCUCAUGCGCUUACGUUACGAAAUGCGACGAAUUCUGUGUUUAAAGGGCUACGAUUCGUGCAGAGUCACAUGUGGACAAUGACAAUCUUCAAAUUUUCCUCAAUCCUCCUCCAAGACAUCUACGUAGACAGCAGUUCCUCUUCUGGUAGUUCCUCACGCAAUACAGACGGUGCAGAUACGAUUUACAGUGACAAUAUUCACUUUGAUCGCUGGACAGUUGUUAAUGGUGAUGAUAGCAUAUUCAUGAAAGCUAACAGUACCAACAUAUUAGUCACCAACUCCACAUUCUACAGUGGGUUGGGAGUGGCAAUAGGCAGUAUUGGACAGUACAGAGGGGUAUACGAGAGUAUUGAAAAUGUGACGGCGACGGGAAUUGUAUUUUAUAAGACGUUGCAUGGAGGAUAUGUGAAAACGUGGACUGGGGAGCAAGUGGGAUAUCCACGCAAUGGUGGAGGAGGGGGCUUGGGGUUUGCGAAAAACAUUCCAUUGGGAAAUUUGUCUUUCCAUUCCUUGAGGCGACCACCGUUUUCAAUCUCACAAUGUCUUACAACAUUCUCUGGCGCAGCAGGAAAUUGUUCUUCUUCAGCGUUUCAAAUAAGCGAUUUAAAUAUGUACAGCGUAUCCGGUCGUAUGACGAAUCCAGUAACCAGCUUCCAAUGUAGCGCGGUCGCCCCUUGCACAGAUAUCACCAUGGAAAAUAUCGACGUCGUGGAUGCGAAUAAGACGGCCGGUGUAGGGUACAAAUGUACAAAUGUGGUUGGGACGUCAGGGUUUACUUGUACGGGUCGUGCUUAG